GGAGGAGUGGGAGGAGGAGGAGGAGGAGGAGGACCGUCCUCCUGUCAAGCACAGAUGAGAACCGCCAGCAGGUUUCCGGAGGCUCACCGCUGCCGCUUCCCGGUGUGUGACGGGGCUGCUGCAGCCUCGGACGGAGCGAUCACCGACAACUGUUGCCGUCCAGCUUCGAGGGCUCGCGAGUGCAGCGACCGUGAACACGUACACGCUCGGCUCCUCAAACCCUAAAGAGGAUUCUCUCCGCGCGCGCACGCGGCUCCACCGCGUCUUAAUUGACGAGCCGUUUCAUUUAAAGGGAGGAAGUGGGCGUGGCGGAAACGAGCGUCCACCUGCCAGCAGAGGCUCCUGGUGAACUCCAGUCGCCAUCAUCUUUCUCCUUCCUGUCUGAGGUCUGUCUGCCAGCAUGCCCAUCAUUAGCAAUGCCAACCAUGACUUCAGCACUUAUUCCAUCAGCACUGACGACAGCAGCUUAGACCGCUUCUUCACAGAGAUCCCAGAGACUGAGACCCUAAAGGGAGUCUACUUCCAGCGUGUCCAGCUGCUCCGGGAUCCCCACGCCACAUAUGUGAUUGACAAUGCACUGCAGGUGCUCAUCAACGUGGGUGGGAACCGCUAUGCCUUCCCCUGGAGCACCCUGGAGCAGUUCCCCCAGAGUCGGCUGGGUCGUCUGCGCUUCUGUAACACCCCAGAAGAGAUUGCUCGACUCUGCGAUGAUUAUGAUGAGACGUGCCAGGAAUACUUCUUUGACCGCAAUCCCACCGCCUUCAGAGUCAUCCUUAACUUCCUGGCUGCAGGAAAACUGCGCCUCCUCAGAGAGCUUUGUGCAGUUUCUCUACAUGAUGAGCUGGACUACUGGGGAGUGGACCCGGGUCUCAUGGAGCGCUGCUGUCGGCGCCGUAUGCUCUCUCGUGUAGAGGAGGUGGAAGAGCGAGAGCGCAAAAAGGAAGAGUGGAGGAAGAAGAGGAUGAUGCUGACAAAAAGCAACAGCGUGCAAACGGAAAAAGGCUAUCGCAGACUGAUCUUCAUCCUGCGAGAAGUGAUGGAAAACCCUCACUCUGGCUUGGCAGGGAAGAUGUUCGCCUGCCUGUCAAUCAUCAUGGUGCUGGUCACUGUGAUUAGCCUGUGCAUCAGCACUAUGCCUGACCUCAGAGAUGAGGAAAACAGGGGGGAAUGCUCCCUGAAGUGUCGAAACAUGUUUGUGGUGGAGUCUGUCUGCGUCGCCUGGUUUACCAUGGAGUUUGUGCUGCGCUUCAUCAAUUCCCCGAGCAAACUGGCCUUUGCUCGCGGCCCACUCAACAUCAUUGACGCCAUCGCCAUCCUGCCUUACUAUGUGUCGCUGGUGGUGGAUAUUGGUGACGAGUCUCAGGAGGAUGUCCUCAUGGGGACUGGCAGAGGCUACCUGGAUAAACUGAGUCUGGUUCUGCGCCUCCUGCGAGCUCUGCGGAUUCUGUACGUUAUGAGGCUGGCUCGGCAUUCUCUGGGUUUGCAGACGCUAGGGCUGACCAUACAGCGCAGCAUCAGAGAGUUUGGCCUGCUGCUGCUCUUUGUGUGCGUUGCCGUGACCCUGUUCUCACCCCUUGUCCACCUGGCUGAGAGUGAACUGGCGCCAUUUGCUGCUACACACCCCCACCAUAGCUUCAGCAGUAUCCCAGCCUCUUACUGGUGGGCCAUCAUCUCCAUGACCACAGUGGGAUAUGGUGACAUGGUGCCCCGCAGCAUUCCUGGACAGAUAGUGGCGCUCAUCAGCAUUCUCAGUGGGAUCCUUAUCAUGGCAUUUCCUGCCACCUCCAUCUUUCACACCUUCUCCAGAUCCUACCAGGAGCUCAAGCUGGAGUAUGAAGGCGUGUGGAAGCAGGAGCGGCACAAUGAGAGGAAAGGAAGCUGGUUCAAGACAGAUUUGACAUCUGAAGAGUACACUUCUGAGCCCAGGGAGGAAGAUGAUGCUGUGAAGUUUCCUCAGUCCAAACUCCCUCCAAAAACUUUCCAAGGGGGUUCUGACAUGCAGCGUCCCAUGUAACAGUGGUAUUUAUAUAAAAUGUCCUGGUGAAGACGAUGUCUGUGUGUGUUCAUACUCUGGAGUCUUCCUUAAGCACCUCCCAGCAGAAUUGAUCCCUCAUCACUCGUCUUUUGUCUGUCGGUCAGAAGCUCCAACCCUUUAAUGAACCAGUCUGUGAGCUUUCCAAAGCUGCAAGCAUCCUUUAUUAUUUUCACAGACCGGAUCAAACAGGUCCCUGUGCAGGUGUUUAUCUGUCAGACUGGAGUUCAGGAGCGAGGACACCAAAACCAGAGGCAGACACCUGUCCUCUGCUGAGAGAGGAGAUGGAAACACACUGAACGGACUGAGACAAUGAAGAUUUCUGUGUCAGAACAAAACAACUUUCUUCCUUGGAGUCCCUUUAUCAACACAUUCUGGGCUGUAGAUGCACAGAAAGCUCCCUCUUUUGAAGACUUGUUCCGUUCCAGAGAAAAUGUGUUUUUUUAUGUCUUAAGACCUGAGCUCUUGUUUGAUGUGGCUUUUUUAUUUCUUUUUGACGGAGCUCCAGUAAGGAAGAAUUACUGUAACGACUGUGGUAAUAUAGCCCAAAAUCUGAUGUCCACAUGUGGACAGCAUGUCUUCAGAGUGUAAAUCAGGAAAAGUCAGGGUGCUUAAAGCAUUUAAAGAAAAGAAACUCCCAACUGAUAAACUUUGUCCUGUUUGCCUUGACGUUUUUGCCUCUAUUUAUGUGUUUUACUCUAAAGAGGUUUAGUUUAGGAGACAUGUUACAUUUUGCAUUUCCCCUCUCAUGUCUCUGUAAUGUGUGAAAUAAAUUUCUUCUUGGAUUUUCCCCUUUUUUCUGAACUGUACUGUAUGCCUGUCAGGGAUGUUGACUUCACUCCAGUGCAGCUUAAACUUAGAGGGAGGCUGUUUUUUCUUCUUGUUUACUCUUUUUUUAUUUUUAUCCAUAGGUUUAUUUAAGUACAAACCUAUGGAG